UUUAUUGAAUACUACAAAAAAACAUUGUCACAGGCAUACUGUUCUUUGGACACGUUUCUCCAAAACACUGUCUAUAGCGUCAUAACGAACGCCUUGUUCUUCCUGCAGUUUCAUCCACACACUUUAUAUGAUCCGAUCCCGUCCGUCUGCCAGACGGGGUAUUUCUGAGCACCAUCUGGCCGCCAGAUGUCACUGUGAUGCGAUGUUUCGAACGUUUCAAUCUUUUUCCGACUCGAUCGUUUCAUUUGUUUCGAUCCCUCAAAAGCCCCGUUUCUGCUAUCACUACUAAAAUCCAUUGCCCGCAGCGGCAUCCCUGUACGAAAACAAUUUCACCAUAGCGAUGCAAUCGCAAGAGCAGUGACGCCCAGAUAACAGAACGCAGGACACCAUCCGUCACUCUCCAAACUUCCGGUUCCGUCUCGGCAGUUUGACGUCACGACAGAAGAAAAGCCACGACCGUCGUGCAAUGUAUACUGUACUGUAUUCUGAAAGCAAUGUAGUACGAACACUGUAUGUAGACUUAUUGAUCUGUGUAGCAUGUGAGUAAUAUCGUCGCAGUUAUUUGUUCUCAGAAUAUAUUAUUUGCUGCAAUAACGGACAGCAAUAUCAACCGAUAAUCAUGGCUCACGAAAAAGUAACUGUUCUUUUCAAGAUGUAUUGCCUGGCAGUAAUGACGCUGGUGGCGGCGAGCUAUAUCGUGGUGCUGCGAUACACCAGGACGUUAUCGUCGGAUUUGUAUUUCUCCACUACCGCGGUGUGCAGUACGGAAGUUAUUAAAUUAAUUCUGAGCCUGGGAAUGUUAGCGAAAGAAACUGGGAGCUUUGGGAGGCUGAAGUUAUCGAUCACUGAAAACAUUUGUGGGAGUCCCAAAGAGCUGAUAAAACUCAGUGUUCCAUCUGUGGUCUAUGCUGUUCAGAACAAUAUGGCCUUCAUAGCACUAAGUAAUCUCGAUGCCGCUGUGUAUCAGGUGACCUACCAGCUGAAGAUCCCCUGCACUGCCCUGUGCACGGUGCUGAUGCUGCAGAGAUCCCUGAGUAAACUGCAGUGGUUCUCCGUCUUCAUGCUGUGUGGCGGAGUCACCCUUGUCCAGUGGGAACCCUCAGUGGCAACUAAAGUUCAGGUUGAGCAAAACCCAUUUCUGGGUUUUGUUGCUGUUGCAAUUGCUGUUCUGUGCUCCGGAUUUGCAGGGGUCUACUUUGAAAAGGUUCUCAAGAGCACAGACACGUCCUUGUGGGUGAGAAACAUCCAGAUGUACCUGUCUGGAAUUGUGGUCACUCUGAUAGGAGUCUUUGCGACUGACGGAGCCGCAGUGAUGGAGAAGGGCUUCUUCUUUGGCUACACACCAUGGGUCUGCCUUGUCAUUUUUCUGUCCAGCGUGGGCGGCCUGUACACCUCGAUAGUGGUGAAAUACACCGACAAUAUAAUGAAGGGCUUCUCUGCGGCUGCUGCCAUCAUUCUCUCCACCAUCGCUUCAGUGACCCUGUUCGGUUUACAGAUCACUGCUACCUUUGCGACCGGGACUUUGGUGGUGUGUAUUUCCAUAUACUUGUACGGCCUGCCGAAGCAAGACACGACGAAGCUUGUGAGGGACGAGGUGGAGCGGGAGGCGAAAGCCAAGCUGCUGGAGGUGUGAGCGCAGCCGGCAGUGUGGCGAAGGACAAGUGACGGAGCUCCGCGAGUGCUGCUCGCUGGACUGGCGGUUCCUUACACCGCAAGACAAGCAAGGAAGGAACGGCCACUUUUUUUUUAUCCUCGCGGUAAAUUAUUUUUGGAGUCGUCGAGGAGCGGAGGAGGACAAUUCCCUUUUUUGUGCUUCGAAACCUGUUUUUUUAUAGUUGCCGUCGUUUUUUAUCAUUGAAAGAUGAACGACACGUUUUUUCAACGCCACUCCUUAUUUAAACUCUUUAUCAGCUGGUGUAUUAGAAAGGCUGAGUAUUCUUCACAUUACAAGGAAACAUUUAAAGCCUUAAUCGGAGAAGAAUAUCAAUAUCACGAACAGCUGCCAAAUUCGGGCAGUUCCUGAGUCACCUAAGGCCGUUUGCCAAGCGCCCAGCCUCUGUGGGCAAAUAGCAGUGACGUCUCUGGAUUGACAUCACUUUGGUAACUCCCUGGAUGGUUCACGAUGUAUUCUCAGUGACCCUAGAGGUUAGCAAAGAGAGAUUUAAGCAACACAUUCAAUACCAUAUAUGAUACCAUUCAGCAUAAUAGCGUUAUAUUUGAAGACCAAAUCUCUGGAAACGACAAACAAAAUUCCGGCUUCCACCAAAAAGCAACCACGCUUGAAUCUCUAGAGUAAGAAUACUGCUCGUCGGGCAUCAUUUUGUAGCGAGAGAAUCAGCCAUGUACACAAAAAGGAUAUUAAUCUAUAUGGAACAAUAUGUGACUUUUGUGUCUGCUAAUACCUCAUCUGUUCCACAACAUUUGCAAAAAGUCCGUUUCGGCUGGACAGAUGCACAGACUUCUAAGACGUCUGCGCAGCAGGAAUCCCUCACACAUUUCCAGCGUUUGCAUGCCUCUGUUGAAAUUGUGUGACGCCUGCGGUGUUACGAGUCAAGUCUUUGUCCUCUGGGCUGCCGUCACAUUCGAAGAGACAGAGAUACUCGGAGGAGGCACGGGCUGUCUAGGACCAGAAUCCGGGACCCCUGCCCCAGAUACCACUGUAAAUAGAGCAUCUUAAAGAUUCAGAGAGUCAUCGACUUUAAAAGAAGCAGUAUUUUUUUUGUUUGUUUUAGAUACAGGGUGCCAACACUUUGUUUAGCAACUUUAUGUGCGAAUUAUGUUUCAGAUCCCUGUUGAGCUACAGUGUUGUCUGUCCAGUAACUGAACACUUGGGUGCUCUGAACACAGACUGGAUUAUCCAAACACUGAAGCGUAAUUGAAUACACCAAGAUUUCUGGUCAAACUAUCACAGUAUAACAUCUGGGAUUUUGAAAGACUCUGAGCAGGGGGGAAGUGUGCAGGUUAAUGAUUGUUCAAUUGUCACUGUUUUAAAUGUAUGCCGUUUGUUGCCAGACAGGUUAAACAAGAAAACCGGUUUUAAAUAAUUGGAGACAAAAUAGUGUCUUUUGAUUUAAAAAUGAAUUGAUAUUCUAAACUUAAUGCAGCAAUUGUCACUGGAGGAUUUUUAUGUUGAGCAGGGAGCAGCAAGCGUUAAACUAUAACACACAACCUGGCACUUAUUUUUAUGUGUAAUGGAAAUAUUUUGAAACAUUGCCGUUCAGUAUCAGUUGAUAAGCUUCUCAGUGUUUCCCAAAUCACUGCUCUUCUGAACUGCAACUGUAAUUAUGAUUUCCUGUCACCAAAUGCAGUAGCAUUCACUUUAAUGGCUCUGAAUAACUAUAUUUUCUCCAGAUACGUUAGUUAGAGUGAAGACCUGGCCUGACGUUUGCACUAUUGCUAAACAAAAUAUCAAGCCAACUGUCUUGUUUCACUGGGGGUUGCUGAUAAAUAAGUCAGCCAGCACACAGGAUACAAUACCACUCUUGUCUUUACUGAGAGAAAGAAAGGUUUUGGACUCUCAGCAUGGCUGCCAGCACAGCAUCCUUUUCUGGAAGUCACUGUUUCUGUUUCCAGUUUCCACUUCCGAUUUUAACCGGUUCUUAAAUGUUAAGACAAGUUUCAGUAAUUUUUGUUUUUCAAUAAAACCUUUUACCACCGAUAUAUGGCUAUAAGUGGACCAGUCAUGUAUCUUUUUCUAAGAGUUCUCCACUCGAUAUACUCUGCCAAAGUAAGAGCUUGCUUUUGCCCAAAUAGGCUCAAGUGGCCAUUUAAUACAAAUAGAGAAAUGUGACAUUCACUGUUAAAUACUAAAUUGCUACUCUUUUAUGUUUAAGCCAGUGGUUCCCAACUCUGGUGAUAAUUGAGCCUAAUUAAUGUCACCUAAUCUAUCUGCUUGUUUUUUUAGGCUUAUGACUUCUGCACUGUCCUGGUUUGUUCUUCAAGUAUAGUCUUCCUGCACAUUGGUGGUGGUGAAGGGGAUCCCCAUUACCUGUAAAGCGCUUUGAGUGGAGUGUCCAGAAAAGCGCUAUAUAAAUGUAAGCGCCUCUGCGGAGGACAGAUUGGUUACUGUUCUUCUAAAUUUCCCAAAUGAGUGGAGUUUUUUUCAAACUUAGAAAGUGGUAAAGGGUUGAUAACAUUUACAGCAUUAAGCACUUAAACAAAUUUCUAAAUCUGUUCAGUCAAUCAAAUUUAAAAUUUAAAUUGAUUAGCCUGUAACUCACAGAAGGCCAGGGUUGAGAAACACUAGGUUGGCAUCAAAAUAUUUUAAUUAUGGUUUUAAAUUCAUUAGAACAGAAUUGUUAAACUUAAAAUCUUAAGUUUGUUCACUGGAAUUUUGCCUAAUUUUAAUUUUCAAAGCUAAGCAUGGGACCUCAGAAACAAUGACCAGCUUCACAAACACAAAUGUGACCACAACCGCCACGUGCUUCUGAAUAGUCUGGCCCAAGAGGAAAAGUCACAAGACAGAACGACCAUGAGCUUAAAGCCUGGGGGACAGUGUUUAGUUUUUUAACAAAAACAUACUUGGGAUGGUGGGCUGGAGUUUCAGGAAUCUAUGGAGUAGUUUCCACAAGGCUUUGCAGAGCUGGAUAUCUCCUGUCUAAUUAACCCUGGAAGUGGACCAAAGGGGAGCUGGUGUGAUGGGAAUCUGGUGGUCUUGCUUGGUUUCAUGUUUUGCAGGAGUCUUGUUUUUCAGCUUUGUAGUGGGUACAGCACCUCCUGUCGAGACUUCUGUUGCAACUAACUGUACAUUUUCAUAGUGAGAGGGGGGGUGCGGUGUUUUUAGAGUGUAACUGAAAACAAGUAUCCCCAAUUUACAGUACAAAAAACCUAAAACAAGUGCUCUUGUUCACAUUUAAGGUUCUGAUUUCACUGUACUUGAAGCACCUUCCUGGAUGCAGCAAACCCAUCCUUGAUGGGUCAUAUUCAUUUUAUCAGAUCUCUGGAAGUGAUCAAAAGCUAUUUGCGGUUUUCACAUAACACCUAUUGAUCUAUACUAUACCUGGAAUCACAGAAACAUGGCUAACAUGAAAUAAAGAAGAUGAAAAACAACUUUAGUGCACACUGUUCUGGAGACAGGAGAGAAGAGGGGGAGAUAUAUAGCACUAUAUAUCUUUAAAAGAGUAUUCAAAUAUAGCACUAUAUAUAUCUUUAAAAGAGUAUUCAAGUGCAGGAACUAAACGUAGGAGAAACAAGAAUGUAUAAAAGUGAAACUGGUCAAAAAAUACCAAAAGUAUAGUGUUAGGACUAUGCUAUAGACCACAAACUAUAAUUCAGCACUGUACUCUAUAUAAUAAAAUUAACAAUUCAAGUGCAAAACAUGAAGUAGAGUUUGUGGAAGACUGACUUUCCCUCCAUAAACUUGAGUACAGCUGAUAGCAGUGGAGACUGGGCUGCUGACAGGUUUCUUGCACAGUUAAUGGGAACAUGCAAGAGGGAAUGCUUGUAUAGAUCUUUGUCUUCUCAAACGAGCAAGACCAGGGGCUAAAGGGAAUGUCCCAUACCGACCGACUGAAAGAACUGAACCUUUUUAGUCUUUAGCAGAGAAAACCAAGGGAGACAUGAUUCAAGUUUCCAAAAUCCACAAGGGUACCGGACAGUCAACCUGUGAGAUCUCUUCAGAACUGACAAUAAAACACAAACCAGAGGACACCAGUGAAAUAACAUUAAAGUGCAUUUAAAACUGA